GCCGCGGCGCUCGGAGGGCCAGUCGCGGCUUGUCAGAACGGUCGCCGCCGAACGGGGCGAGGCAGCGUUGCCAGGUCGCGGCAACCCGGGGCCCGCGGAAAGAUGAGAGCGCAGAGGACUCAGGGCUGCUGGAGGCGCAGGUAACGAAGCCGGGGUGCGGUGGGGGCGCCGCGGGACUUCUUCCGGGACCGUUGGUGAAUGGAGAGGAUCCAGGUGGCGCGGAACCGCAGCUCCUAGCGGCGGGGCCACUGCCCGCCCUGCUGCUGCUGCUGCUGCUGCUGCUGCUGCUGCUGCUGCUGCUGCUGCUGCUGCUGCUGAGGAUGUGUGGAGCGCGGGCGGCAGUGGGGAGCUGAGAGCCGUUGGGCCCCAGGACCCUCGGGGCCCGAGAUGAGUUAGCGAGAGCGGCCGCGGGGGCCAGUUCCUGCUGCUACAGGCCAAGGCAACGACCGCUGCCUUCCCAGGGCGCCCCUUCCGUGCAGAAGCCGUUAGCUCGUCUCGGCGUCCGCCUGCCGCGCUCCUGGCCCUGGAGACCAUGAGGUUCCGUAUCUACAAGCGUAAGGUGCUGAUCCUGACGCUCGUGGUGGCCGCCUGCGGCUUCGUCCUCUGGAAUAGCAAUGGGCGACAAAGGAAGAACGACGCCUUCGCCCCGCCGCUACUGGAUGCCGAGCCCGCGCGGGGUGCGGGUGGCCGGGCCGGAGACCAUCCCGUCGGGUCGGUGGGUCUCCGCCGAGUCUCCAACGAGUCAGCAGCCCCGCUCGUCCCCGCCGCCCCGCAGCCCGAGGCGGACAACCGGACCCUGCGGUACCGGUCCCUGGUCUACCAGCUGAACUUUGACCAGACGCUGAGGAAUGUGGAGAAGGCCAGUUCUUGGCCUCCCCGGGAGCUGGUGCUGGUGGUCCAGGUGCAUAAUCGACCCGAAUACCUCAGAUUGCUGCUGGACUCACUUCGAAAAGCCCAGGGCAUGGAUGACGUCCUCGUCAUCUUUAGCCAUGACUUUUGGUCGACAGAGAUUAAUCAGCUGAUCGCUGGGGUGGAUUUCUGUCCUGUUCUGCAGGUGUUCUUUCCUUUCAGCACUCAGCUGUACCCCAACGAGUUUCCGGGCAGUGACCCCAGAGAUUGCCCCAGAGACCUGGAUAAGAAAGCAGCUCUGAAAAUGGGCUGCAUUAAUGCUGAGUAUCCCGACUCCUUCGGCCAUUACAGAGAGGCCAAGUUCUCCCAAACCAAACACCAUUGGUGGUGGAAGUUGCAUUUUGUAUGGGAGAGAGUCAAAGUUCUUCAAGACUAUGCUGGCCUCAUCCUUUUCCUGGAGGAGGAUCACUAUGUAGCCCCAGACUUUUACCAUGUCUUAAAAAAGAUGUGGAAAUUAAAACAGCAAGAGUGUCCUGAAUGUGAUGUUCUCUCCGUGGGGUCCUAUACUGCCAGUGGCAGUUUCUAUGGCAUUGCUGAUAAGGUAGAUGUGAAAACAUGGAAAUCCACUGAACACAAUAUGGGUCUAGCCUUGACCCGGGAUGCAUAUCAGAAGCUGAUCCAGUGCACAGACGCUUUCUGUACUUAUGAUGAUUAUAACUGGGACUGGACUCUUCAAUAUUUGACUGUCUCUUGUCUUCCAAAAUUCUGGAAAGUGUUGGUUCCUCAAGUUCCUAGGAUUUUUCAUGCUGGAGACUGUGGUAUGCACCACAAGAAAAUCUGUAGACCAUCCACCCAGAGUGCCCAAAUUGAGUCACUCUUAAAUAAUAACAAACAGUAUCUAUUUCCCGAAACUCUAAAUAUUGGUCAGAAAUUUCAUAUGGUAGCCCUUUCAGCACCUAGGAAAAAUGGAGGGUGGGGAGAUAUUAGGGACCAUGAACUCUGUAAAAGUUAUAGAAGACUGCAGUGAAAAUUCACAAAUACAAAAGUAAGUCUUCUAUUUUUGAUAUUUCUUCGAACAGGAUAUACAAUCAAAAGGGUUUAGGAACAGGCUUCUGCUUUAAUGCAAAAAAAAAAAUCUUGCAAGAGGUGUCCGAAUAUAGUCAUCUUUUCCAGGUAUAUAUGAUUAAAAUUUAAUAUGUCUACAGGUUUUAAAGACUAAUCUGUAUCUGCUAAAAGUAAUGAUUGUUGUUAACUGAUGAGAGAAAAGUAUAAAUUUUAUUUAAAUCACGUUACCUUUUUAUCUGGAACUUUGUACACUUUUCCACUUUCAAAACAUUUUAAGAAUGGCAAAAUUUAAAAUUGUCAUAGAAGUAAAAAGUAUUGCAAUGAAAUGUUGGAAGUAUUACCAAAAUAAACUCAGUUUCACGCUUGACAGUUACUAGGAAGGGACUGCUUCACUAAUUUUAUAAUUCAAGUUAUGUUUGUUAAUCACCCUGUCAGAACAGUCAUUUUCAGUAUUAAGGAUUCCUGUAUUAUCAAGAUUUGCCUGUGCUUUGGAACCUUCAUAGAACACACUUUCUUUUGGAAUGUAUUUGAUUGGUAAGAAAGUUUCAAAAUUGUUUUCACCUCAAUGUAGAAAUACAGUGGUUUUGAUUUUUUUUUUAGUGCUGCCAAAAUAAAAUAAUCAUUU